UGCAGUUUUUAAAUAUACAAUUUUAAAAUACAGGGUGUACGUGACUGUUCCUGUUUUUUAAUCUUAGAUACACAUAAAUGACUUUUAUGCGUGUUAACUUAACUCUGCUAAGUAUCCUAAACAUCGGAACGAUAUAUGAAGAUGUAACUACAGAUGUGGCAGGGAAAAUAGGCUAUUGGCAAUGGCAUGUCACACUGGUGUCAACAACGCUGAUGGUACUACCAAUGUUCAAUCAAUACGAGGACAUGUUCCUUUUGAAGCCAUCUGAGGUCUACUGCGUGCUCCCAAACGAAUAUGAAAUAAUAAACUCAAGCUUAUGUGUCCUGACCAUUGCAAAUAAUGGUACUGAGGAGUUCAAGUGUAAUAAAUGGCAUUUGAAAUUAAUGUGGAUCGUUUGGAUCAAGAAGACGUGGCUUGUUUUCUGCGACAAGAAAUUAAAGUUAUUGUCGACAGCUAUCAUAAGUCGAUUUGGUUUGGUGUUUGGAUUUAUCAUAUAUGGACUCGUUUCAGACAGUUUUGGACGAAAAACAGCAAUCACUUUCGACGUAUUUGCAGAACUAAUACUUGGCUUGGUAAUGACGUUCUGUGAUUCAGAAGGAUGGUUCCGAUUGAUUGCCUUUCUAAAAUCGUUACUGGGUAGUGCAAACUUUUACAUGGGCCUUAUACUUAUAUGUGAAAUAGCAAGUAACAGCUGGCGAUCCUGGCUCUGUAUUAUAGUGAUGUUUCCAAGACUUCUAGCUUUACUGUGCAUGGUGCCCCUCGCAAAUAGUGCACCGAAUACCGAGACAUACAGUUUUAUAGCCUGUAUUUACGCUGUUCUUUGUUUAAUAGUAAUAAGAUGGAGUCCAGAAUCACCUCAAUGGUUGUUGCACAAUAGAAAAAUACAGGUUGCAGAAAAAGUUCUAGCCAAGGCCGCGCAGACCAACAGCAUCAAACUUUGUAACGAUUUCAAGAUAAGGCCUGUUAACAACAGAGCUUACGACUGUCUGGAUGAAACAACGACUUGUGUCGGAAUGUUGUCGACAUACAAUAUCAGAAUGAUAUUCCUCUUAUCCGCCCUUUUCUGGAUCCUAUACUAUUUUCUAUGGAGCCAGAUUUACGUAAGAAUGUAUAGUGAAGAAGACAUCAACUAUUUAUUAUUGGAAGUGUUCUGCAUCGUGAGUGUGUUUGGGUGCCUGACUAAAUUCACAUCUGCAAAGUUGACGUUACGAUAUUUGCUAUUAGUACAUAUCGUAAUCACAGGACUUUUUACCGCUGGUGUUACAUUUUUGUGUAAGGGGCCUCUUCGGAGUUUCCUGUCUUCAAUUGCCUUAGCAUCAGGAAUUCUAGCGCAUGCGUUAAUCCUCAACAUAACUCCUCGAUUUUUUGCAAUAAACAUACGUGCGACAGUGGUGGGCUGUUGCCAUGCUACUGGCCAACUGGGCUCAAUAGUCAGCUAUCUGCUGUUUCUGUUCCGUCCGAUAAAUGACGUCACGUUGGUCAGCAUCGAACUAACAGUGAUGACGAUUCUGAUUGGACUUUGCAUCACCUUCCCAGACGUGGAUGACAGAGAGCUACCUGAUGUCAUGGAGGAUAUGGAUUAUUUUUCGGAGUUAUCGAAACCACUUCGUUGGGUUACUCAAAAAACCAAUUCACCGUCCAUUGAGGAACUUCAAUUGAGAGUGUAUUCUUUCGGAAGCGUCGAACCAAAUACAUCACAGAGCCUAUUGGAUGAGACUAGGCCAGCGGCAAAACCAAUAGGCUACAUCAGACUGUGGAAAAUACUCAGAAAUCAUGUUCGCCGAAAAUUAUCGAGACAAAUAAAUCCGGAAUAAGUUAGAUAUAAGUUGGAGAGGUGGAAGGCCGAUCUACCUCAUUUACUUUGCCAUCCAGAAGGUCUACCGCCAUGUUUUAAAGUAAUAUUAUUGCGGUCGUAGAAGAGAGAUGCCGAUAUACGCAAUGUAUUGCGCUGUCUGUUAUCCAGAACAAGUAAUAGAAAAAUCUAAUAACCCACGUUUUUAAAUGUGGCUCCAUUCAUAAUUUAUCAAAAUCGGCCAAGCCAUUUUUGUAAUUAUAAUUUGCAUUGUCAUCUUGUUUUACCUACCCUGAAAAUGUCAGCCUGCUAGCUUAUCGGGAGGAGCCUCAAAAUUGAGUUGCAAAAAUUCAAACGGAACGACAAAUAAACGAAAAGUGAUUGUAUAAAAACGUGGGAAAAAUAAUAAUAUCACUUAAAGAUCUAGGGGUAGACCCUCUUCUUCCACAAAUGUAACAAAGGCUGCGCUAUAAAUUAAGCAUG